GCUCUGCCCCAACCAAACAAAGGCGACGGGAGGUUUUCAAACAGCCGCUUCCCUGAAAGUUGGCUGCGGUAGAGCUGGGCUGCGCUGGCACCUGGCUGGUGCCGGCCACCGGAGAACGCGGCAGCGAGUUGGUGCCGUCGCCUGAGAGGACCCCGGCAGCCGUCGGGAGUCCCUGUACGUGGGUGUUCUGCCCAUUUGCUUCCGUGCAUUGAGCUGGUUUGGGCGCUGCGAGUGGCGUGGGGAAGGAUGAGAGGAAGUCCCGGCAGUGGUGCGAGCACAGGGAGGGUGCAGCAGGACAGGGCUCCGGGGCCCGCGGCCGUGCGGAAGCUGGGGCGGUGCUGAGGUUCCAUGUCGGAGCUGGGAGUGGCAUGCCCGGUCUGAAGUGCUGUCCUCCAGCCACUUCUGGAACUCAGAAGCCUGGCCAGCAAUUUUCCAGCGAAGUGCAGAUUCCUUUAGAUACCGCCCAUGUGUUGGUGGACGAGCAGGAGAUGAAAUAACAGAGCUGUGUACAGGACGGUGUCAUCUCCAGACCCAAGGGCAGGCUCUGCAGCACCAGAAACACAUGGAGUUUCUACAGUUUUGCUUGCUGUGACCUUCUGGGCCACCAGGGAAACACAAUGGAGUCCUGCCAGCUUCGCGCGACGAACCAUCACUUGCCAGGACUCUCUCCAGGCUUCCUGAGACACUGAGUUGCUGCUUGAGGUCCUGACUGCUUCUGAUUCCUCACUGUGCUGCUGGCAGGGUGGGAUUGAUGUCCCGUUUGAGACACUGGGCAGAGCCAAGCCCAUCGCCAUCCUCUGUGCCUUUGGCAGACUGGGGGACCAAGCUGGAUCCCUCUCUCUAAAGGGUUUCCAAGUGAGCAAGGGACAGGCUUGGGGCUGUCCACAUUCACUCUGGUGGGAAGAGCCACGUCCUUCACCCUUUCCACUUGGGAACCGUGUCACUGCUGGGGAUGGCACCACAUGGACGCAGAGCAAGGGUCAGCAGCCUGGCAGCACGGCACUAGCUGAGCCUGAGCACCAUCACAGGGCACGGAGCUGCCCGGGGGGUGCCAGCAUCCCUGGCACGGGUGCGCUCCGGGGAUGUAGUGCCGGGCGCAGGAGGAGCUCCGGCACGAUGGGCCGGCUGGAUGACCAUGCCAAGAGGAGGAUCGUGGAGCUGCGCAGGGCUGGGCUGAGCUUCCGCAAGAUCAAGAAGGUGCUGGAGCUGGAUGACAUCCGAGUGACGCCGCAGGCCGUGUACCUCUUCCUCAAGAGGAAGAGUGUGGAGCCGGGGUCAGCAGCAGCUGGCUGGGAUGGGGACCAGCCCUGGCAGGGGCACGAGGCUGAGCUCCCCAGGCUGCUGAGCACCCGGCACCCUGCACUGCCCACCGGGGAUCCUGUGGGCAGCCAGGACACCAAGGAAGGCAUCCAGAUUGUCAGCGUGGCCUCACUGUGCAAGGACGGUGGGCAGCUUGGGGACACUUUGGCUAUGGGGCUGGCCCCUGGAAAUGGUGAUGACAGCUCCACAGGCACAGCCCUGGCUCCAGGGACUGCUCUGAGGGGCCUUGCCCCCCUGCCCCAGACACUGCCCAGCCAAGGGCAGCUGGUCACACCCCCCACCCAGAACUCAGCUCUGAUGGUGAAAAAGAAGACAGUGGACAGGGCUAUCCUCCUGCAGAAAAAGGUUAAAGAUGCCAGCACUCAGACUGCCGUGCCAGACUCUGUGGGUCUGGGCAAUCACAGCCUUGCUUGCAGUGGAGCAGUGUCCCUGCCUGCUCCCAGCUGCCCUGCCAUCGCCGAGAAGCUGGAUGCUGUGCAGCUGGAGGUGCAGAAGCUGAGCCAGGCCCUGCAUGCGGUGCUGGAGCGGCAGUGCCACCUGGAGCGCCAGCAGGAGCAGCAGCAGCGGCUGCAGCAGGAGGUGCUGGUGACACUGCAGCAGCUCAGCUCCACCGUGAGCCACAGCACUGUGCCUGCCACCCAGCCCUGUGGGCCUUUCAGCAGCAUGGCCGAGCCCUCGCCCAGCAUGCCAAACUUCAGCCAGUUCAAGAUGGAGCUGAUCUGAGCUCCCACAAGGCCUGUGUGUGCCAGCAGGCCUGUGCUAAUGGAGCCAGGAGGAAGAACCAUCUCUCAGAGGCUGCCCAAGGAUUAAGGUCCAUGCAGCGCCCAGCAGAUAAGGUCCCUGGUGCCUCAUCUUCCCAGCCCUGCUGACUGGAAGGGGCUGCCUGGCACAAGAGGCUGGACAGUGGAAGGCUGAGGCCUUGCUCCUCCUGUGCUGCUGAUCCUGGCUGGCACUGGAGCUGGCUGGGGCCCAUGGACCUCAGGAGAACGCAGUUGCCUGCAAGGAGAGGAUGCAGCUAACAUGGACACAGCAGGGAGGUGGGACUCCAGGGGUACAGGAUGCUUCCUUCUCUUAUGGAUCAAUGCCACGAUGAUCAAUCUUGCCCUUCCCUCCACAGGAGCUUGUUCAGUAAAAAUCUGUCUAAAGCACGGUGCA